AACAUACAAAAACUAUAAUGAAUUUUCCAAAUUUAAACUUUAUUUCAAAAUAAUUUUUUAUUACGGCAAUUUAAAUACGGUGCGUGCGCAUUCUACGUUUAUCAUAUGUCAAUCUGUCAAAGCAACAUUUAUUAAUCCUAACAUUUAAGAUUUUUACUAAUUCCUAAUAAAUUUAUGAUUUGCUACACUGCUUAUCAGAGUGAAUAUUAAAAAUGACAGCAGAAUUAAGAAAAUUUCUUUAUGGCCUUCUAAACAGUGUAGAAGGACUGCAUAGUAUAUUGAUAACAGAUAGGGAUGGAGUACCUGUUGUAUCUGUAGCUGAUGAUACAACACCUGAAUUAGCUAUGAGAGCAAGUUUCUUAUCAACAUUUGGGAUGGCAACAGAUCAAGGAAGCAAAUUAGGAUUAGGAAAAAAUAAAACAAUUAUAUGCAUGUAUAGUAGUUAUCAGGUAGUUCAAAUGAACAAAUUACCUUUAGUAAUUAGUUUUAUUGCUAGUCAUAACUGUAAUACAGGUCAUAUCUUAUCUUUGGAAAGUAAAAUAGAUCCAAUCUUAAGUAAUUUAAAAAAUGCAGUAGUAGAAGCCUGAUGGUUACCUGUUGUGCAUUAUGGGUGAUAAAUACCAACAGUUUGCAAUUGAAUUUGGGAAAUACUUGAAAAGCUAUUCUAAGAUGAUUUAAAUAAAUAAUGGAGCCAUUAGUGUAUUUUUUCAUUUAGAAAAAAGAAUUAUAUUCUUUCAUAAUUAUGUUUUCUUUUGUUAACAUUUU